AUGACUGACUUCAAUUAUAUAACGUUCCAAAAACGACUAAGACGAGAAAAGCGGACCAGAAAGCGACUGCAAGAUCAACUAGAUUUGGAAGUGAACCGAAGGGCUCAGCUAGAAGAAGCGCUGAGAAACGCCGGAGCAGCUGAACAGCUCGAUACCAUUAACGAAAAAUUAGCUCAACAAACUCCGAUCAAACCUCCGACUCCGAACCAACUUCUUCAGCUGCACCAACAACAAGCGUCUCCGCCUGCUCUGGCGGUCGAAAGGUUGCCGGACAGGAUCAAACAGGAGACAGAGGAACCCCAGCAAUAUGUGACUCCUAGAGAAGCACCUCUCCAACACCAGGAGAACUCCAAAGCACCCACGUGGGGGUACUCUGGUUUGGACUUGAUGAGCAGUGGAGCGGCGUUCUGGCAGAAUUAUUCAGAAACGUUGGCUCAAGAAUUGGAAAUGGAACGAAAAUCCAGACUGCAACAGGCCGAGAGGGACGUAAAGUCGCCCUUACAAGACCGAACUGGUUACUUUAAGAAUUCCGUGAUGUUCACCAGUAGUGCAACAUAAAUAGGAACAAUUAUUAUAUAUAGAUAUUUAAACAAUCAGCUUUUUUUUUUUAAUUAUAAUACUUUGUGUGUGAUAAAAAUCCUCAUAUCAUCGAGCACAAAUUAUAUUUCUGUAAAUAAUUUUUUACUUUUUAAGACUGAUUUGGGCAUAGAGUUUUCAAAUUAAUAACAAUUAUAAUCACUAUUAAUAAUAAUUAAUAAUGCUUAAUUAGUUCUACUAGUAGUAGUAGCUGGACAGUUUACAUACAAAUAUACCUGGUGUGCAAG